AUGCUUUGUUUCUCUCCAGACCAGUUUCCACUAUGUCAUGUUGCACCCAGUAUACAGAGCAAUGUGGCCAAUCAAAAUCUCUUGCAUAAUGUAGGAUUAAAUUUUCCUAUCAGCGCUGCUGCCCAGCUGCGUUUAUGUUCAUCUAAUGGCAAAAAGGAUGACACUAUUGAGCCUAGUCCCAGCAGUACAUCAACAGAAUCCAGUACUCGCCAAGAUCCCAAAAGAGCUGGGUCGAAUUCUCCAAGUCAGCCUACUUUGGAGCAAAUCCAAGUGAAAGUUAAAGCUAUUUUGAAGAAACGAGAUUAUGGGUCCAAGUACACUCAAAAUAAUUUCAUCACAGCUAUGCGAGCAAUGAAUGAGUUCUGUCUAAAACCCAGUGACCUGGAGAAGUUGAGGAAAAUAAGGCGGCGAAGUCCCCAUGAUGAUUCAGAGGCUUUUACCGUACACUUGAGAUCUGACGUAGAAGCCAAGGCACUUGAGGUGCAUGGGAGUCUAGAAGCUCUUGCAAGGGCAAAAAAGCAACGUAAAGAAGAAGAAAUUGCAUAUAGGGAAAAUCUUUUCAGGAACCAGAAGUUAAUGAAGGAAUACAAGGAAUUUUUGGGUACCACUAUGCCUAGGUCAACUAAGUCGACACCAUUUUUACAAGGACCAGGAAAGGUUGUGAUGGUUGCUAUUUGUAUCAAUGGACUGAAUUUUAUCUUCAAACUACUUGCCUGGGUUUAUACAGGGUCUGCAUCAAUGUUCUCAGAAGCUAUACAUUCACUGGCUGAUACCUGUAACCAGGCAUUACUAGCAGUGGGUGUCAUUCAGUCUUCCAGGACUCCAGAUGCUGGCCAUCCGUAUGGAUUUACAAAUAUGCGCUCCAUUGCAUCCCUCAUUAGUGGCGUAGGAAUUUUUAUGAUGGGCGCAGGACUUUCUGUGUACCAUGGAAUUAGUGGACUUUUACAUCCCCAUCAUAUAGAGUCCUUAAUGUGGGCCUAUUUUAUUCUGGCUGGCUCAUUAGUGUCAGAAGGAGCAACACUUUUGGUAGCAAUAAAUGAACUCCGAAAGAGUGCUCGAGCUAAAGGAAUAACGUUUUAUCAAUAUGUGGUGCAUAGUCAUGAUCCAACCACCAAUGUUGUUCUGUUGGAAGAUGCAGCUGCUGUGCUAGGAGUAUUGUUAGCGGCCAGCUGCAUGGGGCUAACUUCCCUUACAGGUAAUCCUUAUUAUGAUAGUGUUGGCUCUCUUGGUGUUGGAGCUCUCUUGGGGACCAUUUCAUCAUUCUUGAUCUACACAAAUACUGAGGCUCUGAUUGGGAGGUCUAUCCAGCCAGAAAACGUACAAAGACUUACUGAACUUUUGGAGAAUGACCCUUCAGUAAGGGCUGUGCAUGAUGUAAAGGCCACUGACAUGGGUAUGAAUACAGUUCGAUUUAAAGCUGAAGUUGAUUUUGAUGGAAGGAUAGUGACAAGAUCUUACCUGGAGAAACAAGACAUUGAUGCAAUCUUAAAUGAAAUUCAGCAGGUAAAAUCUCCUGAGGACUUGGAAGCAUUUAUGCUGAAACACGGAGAGAAUAUUAUUGAUACUUUGGGUGCUGAGGUUGACCGAUUAGAAAAGGCACUUAAGCAAAAGCAUCCCGAUGUACGCCAUGUGGAUUUGGAGAUAUUAUGAAGAUGCCAGGAACGUCCAAAGAAGAUCAUUGCAAAUACAGGAAAAAAAAACCUCCAUUAUUUCUUUUGUAGUCAUUAUAAGCUAUUAGGAUCACAUGCUACUUUCAAUGUUUAUUAAGACAUUUCACAGUCCAGCUUGUGUAAAAUUGGGAGACAAAUUUGCAGUGGUAUGAAGGGAUAUGUUGUAACCUGGUUGAGCAAUUAGUUCUAAUACUGAUCGUUAGCUGUACAACUAUUUUGAAUCUCUUCCUGACUGACAGCAUUCUGAUGAACAAUGUGCUUGUGAGAACACCUGUCAGGGUGGGGGCAGGAGAGAGGUUGAAAUAGGCAGCUUUGCCACCUGUUCACAAGUUGGAUAGAUAGACUGCCUUUCUAUUGAAACAACAGUUUUCUUGCUUUACUAAUCUAAAUUUGCCCUGAUUCAAACAGUACACCAUUCUGUUUCGUCUUGUUCACCUUUGACUUGCUGCUAGCCGUAAAGAUGAUAACUAACUUCAAAUAAAAUCUUUUUUAAUUCUG